AUGGUGGAUGCCGUUAUUGGUCUUGCAAAAUUCAUGGAGUUCCUGUUGCUUAUAUUCGGCGCCACAGUACAGCCAACUUGCCAGUAUAUAACCCUGCCCAACAAUAUUUUUCUGGUGAAGGAUUUCUCAGAUUUAUCAUCCAUGACCCUUGGCACCCAAGUCUUCGCCCCUAGGGAAAUUCAGGUUCAUAGCAAGAUAAUCAAAGAAGAGCAAGCCCUUUCUAAAGCCCUUGCUCCUCAAGCCAGCUAUGAUAUAUCAUGGCCAGACUUCCUUCAGAGAGAGAGACCCCGAAACAAAGGAGUCCUUCAGAAAACUGUCAUAUCUGAUGCAGAGAAAGGUAAUGCAAAUGUAGACCUUACUAAAGGAAACCAUGAAGCAGAGAAACAAUCGUUCUUUCAAAAAAUUAGUAAAUCUCUGGAUGUAUCUCUGUUCAGGCACAGAGGGUUUUUGCUCUACUUUUCUGGAAAUGUGAUAAAGAUCUUUGGACUCAGUGCACCCUUAAUCUUUCUUAGUAAUUAUGCCAACAGUAAGCAUGUCUCUACUGAAAAGUCUGCCCUCCUCCUUACCAUUCUGUCUGCUGUCGACAUGGUAGCCAGACCUUGUAUGGGACUUAUAGCCAACACCACGUGGGUAAGACCUCAACUUCAGUAUUUCUAUGCUGCUUCUAUUAUUACAAAUGGCCUGUUUCAUAUGCUAGCAUCUUUAGCAUCCUCCAGUUAUGCUGGAUUCUGUGUCUAUGCAGCACUCUGUGGAUUUGCAUUUGGAUGGAAUGGAUCACUAUUGUUUGAAUCACUGAUGGACCUCGUGGGACUUCAGAGAUUCCCCAGUGCAGUGGGACUGAUGACCAUUAUGGAAUGCUUACCUGUUCUCCUGGGGCCACCACUUUUAGGUAAGCUCAAAGACCGAUAUGGAGACUACAAAUACACAUACUGGGCAUGUGGCAUGAUCCUAAUUUCUACAGGCAUCUAUCUCUUCAUUGGCAUGAGCAUCAAUUAUCAACUUGAGACAAAAGAGCAAAAAGCAGAGAAGCAGAAAAAUGAAGACCAAGAAGAGGAGCCAAGAGAAGUUAUUAUAGCAGUGGACUCUCCUAGAAGAAACACAGAAGGAAAUCCCAAAGAAAAUAACUGUUUGGUCUGA